UACAUUUAAAGUAAUUAGUAACUAAUUAAAUGUAUUGUAUAACUAGCAUCCAUUUGCAUUACUGCUCUUACCCAUGACCUUGGCUGGAUAUGGAGAAGCACACUGGUUAAGCAACAGGUUUGCUGAAGAAUUAGGUGUAUGCCUUUUAUAGUUUGUGAAAUGUAAUACGAGGAUUCUGUAAUAUAUCAUAUAGCCUACGUGCAGAAUUUAUCCCUUAGGUGUGCUGCCAAAAUAAUUACCAUUUAUCUUAUCCAAACAGAGCCUGCUAAUCAUUUUGACCUAAAUGCUAAAUCCUGAUGCAAACACACACACACACACCCAUUUCACUUUGUUUUCCAGACAUGCUCCUCCUAUUACUAUCAGUAUUAUAUAAAUAUUCUCAUAUUCAAGAGAACUGCACUUUCAUACCAGAAGGUUAAGCUCAACGCUUUGUAAUCAUGUUUGUGAAGGUUGCAGCACUCUUGGCAGUCUUCUUGGCCGUGGCGAGCGCUCAGAUUUUGGGAGCUCCGGCGGAUGCAGACAUAAAAAACCCAGAAGUUAAGGCUGCCCUGCGGUUUGCAGUCGCACAGUACAAUAACCAGAGUAACAGUAUAUACAUCUGUAAAGUUGUUAAGGUGAUCAAGGCCCAGGUGCAGGUUGUUUCUGGUUUUAAGUACUACUUCACCGUCGUGAUGGCCCAGACUUCCUGCAAAAAAGAGGAAGCUAAAAUUAAGUGUGCCGUCAAUUCGGACCCAGCGAUUGCACAGCCCCAUGAAUGCAACCUGGUAGUGUGGAGUCAGCCUUGGUUGCACAGAAUGGUUUUAACUGAGAAUACCUGCUAAGAGAGAUUUGACACACUGUCCUGCAACCCAGAAUCUUUCAAGAGAUACAUUUAAAAAUGUGCCUUAUUCAUCAGACUGUAUUUGGAGAUGUUAUUAAAACGUUGUUCAAAGUA